AAGAGCAAGCUGAGGUGUUAAUAUUUGACUUGUGCGUUCCACGCUCCCUUUCCCUUCUCUCUCUCACUCUCACGCAUUUUCAAUCAUUUUUCCGAUUGAACUGAAUUUUCCGGGAAAAGGGAAGACAAAAUGCACGAUUUCUGCUUCACGAUACCGUACGGUUUGUUGCUAGUUUGUGGUGGACUGUCUGCGUACAUAACGAAAGGGAGCGUAGCUUCUCUUGCCGGAGGCGCCGGUUCCGGUUUGCUUCUCAUCAUCGCGGGGUAUCUCAGUCUCAAUGCCUUUGGCAAACGAAAGAACUCUUACCUCGCUCUCGUUCUCGAGACCGCAUGUGCAGCCACACUAACUGGGGUUAUGGGGCGGCGAUAUUUGGAAACAUCCAAGAUUAUGCCUGCUGGUCUUGUUGCAGGAAUCAGUGCUCUCAUGACUCUGUUUUAUCUUUACAAAUUGGCAACUGGCGGCAACCAUCUCCCCACCAAGGCUGAGUGAUGAUAUGAUGAUAUAUGAUAUACUUCCUCUCUAUAAUACAAAUUGUUGGUAGACCUGCAAGCCUUAGAUGGCUAAGAUAUAUCGUUGUACUUUAGUGGUUUCAAAGUGUAUGGAACAAAAGAUAGUUGUUUUCAUUGUCUUUAUACACGUAGGAGAAUUGGGCGAGUCUUCCACUCUGGAAACAGCUCGUUUUAUUUCCUUCUUUCCUUUUUCUUAGAAUACCUUACCACUGAUUGUUUAAAUGCAAAUCUGGCUCAAAUUUGUUGCAUACUUGACAAACUCCAUUGUAUUUCCAAAUGAAAUGUAUUAAAACUUGUUAAUUGACCGGUCAA